UGGCACCGUUUAGCCGCAGAUUUCUUCAGUAGCUGCAACGUGUCGAACUGGCUAGUCAAUCAUCAUCACCAGUGAAUCCAACAAUCCUCCAAAUGGCAUGGAGGUUCGCACCAUUUCUUCAUAUAAACCCCAAAUUUUCCACCAUUUUUGCUUCUGCAAAUUCAUCUUCUAUGCUCAAUAAACUCUUGAUUUCUUCAUCAUCUUCCUCAUUUCGGUACUUGUGUAAAUCAACUAAGCCCUUUUUUCGUGUUCUUCCCAUGGCGGAACAACAACAACAAUCAUCAUCACUCAGUACUUCUUCCCAUACCCAUAAACACAUCAAUCGUCUCGCUUCUGAACAUAGUCCUUACCUUCUUCAGCACGCUCAUAAUCCGGUUGAUUGGUAUCCAUGGGGUGAGGAAGCGUUUGCUGAAGCUCGUAAAAGAGAUGUCCCAAUCUUCUUAUCAAUUGGUUACAGUACAUGUCAUUGGUGUCAUGUUAUGGAAGUUGAAUCUUUUGAAGACGAAGAGGUAGCCAAAUUGCUAAAUGAUUGGUUCGUUAGCAUCAAGGUUGAUAGAGAGGAGCGUCCAGAUGUUGAUAAGGUGUACAUGACAUAUGUGCAAGCCUUAUAUGGUGGUGGUGGUUGGCCACUAAGUGCCUUCCUUUCACCUGAUUUGAAGCCUUUGAUGGGUGGGACUUACUUUCCACCAGAGGACAAAUUUGGAAGGCCGGGAUUUAAAACUAUACUUAGGAAAGUGAAGGAAGCGUGGAAUAGCAAGAGAGAUACGCUUAUCCAGAGUGGGGCAUUUGCAAUAGAACAAUUAUCAGAAGCCUUGGCGGCAACUUCAACAUCAAAUAAGCUCUCAGAUGAGGUUCCGCAAACCGCUCUGCGUAAAUGUGCUGAUCAUCUGGCGGAAAGCUAUGAUUCAAAAUAUGGUGGUUUUGGUUCUGCACCCAAAUUUCCCAGGCCAGUUGAGAUGCAGCUGAUGCUUUACGACUCAAAGAGGUCUGGAGAGACUGGAAACUCAGGUGAAGCCAAGAAUGCUCUAAAAAUGGUCUUAUUCACUUUAGAGUGCAUGGCAAGGGGUGGUAUCCAUGAUCAUGUUGGUGGUGGUUUUCACAGAUACAGUGUAGAUGAAUGCUGGCAUGUUCCACAUUUCGAGAAAAUGCUAUAUGAUCAAGGUCAACUUGUUAAUGUCUAUCUGGAUGCCUUUUGUAUUACAAAGGAUGUGUAUUAUUCAAGUUUGUCUCGUGAUAUACUUGACUACCUGAGAAGGGAUAUGAUUGGUCCAAGUGGUGAAAUAUUUUCGGCUGAAGAUGCUGAUAGUUAUGAAUCUGAAGGUGCCUCACGGAAAAAGGAGGGUGCUUUCUAUGUCUGGACUAGUACUGAGGUCGACAACAUAGUAGGCGAGCAUGCAACACUCAUCAAAAAUCACUACUAUAUAAAACCCUCAGGUAAUUGUGAUCUUUCAAGAAAGAGUGAUCCACAUAAUGAAUUCAAGGACAAGAACGUGCUAAUAGAAAGAAGUACUACUUCUGCACUGGCAUCAAAACAUGCUUUGCCUGUUGAGGAGUAUCUCGAUAUCCUAGGGAAUGCUCGCCUAAAACUUUUUGAUGCGAGGUCGAAACGUCCCCGACCGCAUCUGGAUGAUAAGGUUAUUGUAUCAUGGAAUGGACUAGUGAUUUCAUCUCUGGCCAGGGCGUCAAAAAUCCUGAAGGGAGAACCAGAGGGAACAAGAUUUUACUUUCCAGUAACUGGCACCAAUCCCAAGGAGUACAUGGAUGUCGCUGAGAAAGCAACAUAUUUUAUUAGGAAACACCUUUAUAAUGAACAGACGCGCAGGCUCCAGCAUAGCUUCAGGAAUGGUCCCUCCAAAGCGCCUGGAUUUCUAGAUGAUUAUGCAUUUCUGAUAGCAGGUCUACUGGAUCUUUAUGAAUUCGGCGGUUCAGUCUUCUGGUUGGGUUGGGCACUAGAACUUCAGGAGAAACAGGACGAGUUAUUUCUCGACAAAACCGGAGGAGGUUACUUUAACACAACUGGUGAAGAUCCUUCUGUUCUUCUACGUGUGAAAGAAGAUCAUGAUGGGGCUGAGCCUUCAGGGAAUUCCGUUUCUGUGAUUAAUCUAGUGAGAUUGGCCUCUAUGGUUGCUGGUGAAAAAUCAAAACUUUACAGAGAGACCGGAGAACAUGUCCUGGCGGUUUUUGAGAAGAGGUUGAAAGAAGCAGCUGUUGCUGUGCCACUGAUGUGCUGUGCAGCAGAUAUGCUGGCUAUUCCGUCCAGAAAGCAAGUAGUUAUAGUCGGAGUGAAGUCUUCUGAGGAGUUUGAAAGCAUGGUUACCGCUGCUCAUGCAGCAUAUGAUCCUAACAAGACGGUGAUCCAUAUCGAUCCCAAGGAUGCAGAAGAUGUGGCAUUUUGGGAAGAAACUAAUAGAAAUAUUGCUCUGAUGGCGAAAAACAAUGCUGCUGCGGACAAAGUGGUAGCCCUUGUUUGCCAAAACUUCACAUGUAGCCCUCCAGUCAGUGACCCGAAAGCUCUAGAAUCGUUGCUCUCGCAGUAGAUAAACUUCUAAAAGCAGUUCAAGAGUGUGGACGAAAAACUGGAAAGAUGGAGAUCAGUCUUGAAUCGUUGGUCUCACAGUAGAUAACUUCUAAAAUAGUUCAAGAGUGCGUACAUAAAGUGGUGAAAAGCUGGAGAGGCGGAGAUCCGUCGUUGGUUAUGCGUUGCAAUAAGGCUCUGUAUGGUAGUUCUGAGUUCUUGUGGAUCCAACUGAUCAUUAUACUGCAGAUUAUUAGUUCAAAGGAAUGUAGAUGAAAGCUAAGUUCACUUUUGAGUUUAAUGAAUGUUUACACUUGUAUAGUUAGGCCAGUCCUGGUGUUAGAAAAUAUUUAUGAGUUUCUUUUUUAACAUUAACAGUUGGAAUAAAUGCAAAAGGUUGUAUAAAUUUAGUAGUUUCCUUUCAUCUAAGGAGGUUGGUUUGCGGGUAA